GCCCUUGGCCGCGGGGAGCUUUCAAAGUAUUUCCGUGGCCCGUACCUGAGAGGCCAAGUCUACGAAGGCUCGCUCUACUCGAGUGGCUUCCUGGACGAGCUGCUGACGUUCGACUACACAGCAUCGGAUGGUCUGGUGCAAGUGUGGCAACACGCAGUAAUGUUGUGCGAUCCUGAAGACCAACAAGGCCCAGGUGAACGGGACCUUUGUGUGCUUUACCACUACACGAACGAGCUGGCCUUCCGCAAUGUGGCCAACAUGGAGCAGACCAUUGCCGAGCUUUUUGCAUCGCUGGUGGACUCCAGGGCCCACUUCGGGAAGGGCGUCUACUGUACUCAGCACGAACCA